UGGAAAAAUAUCCGGAUAUCCGUAAAUUUCGGAUAAUAUCCGUAUUUUCGGAGCUCCGGAUAGUAUCCGGAUAAUUAUCAACCGGAUAUCCGGAGUCCGAAAAUAUCCGAUCCGAAGUCCCAGCUCUAGUUGUCAUGCGGCCGUCAUGCGACCAUUAUCUUGCGGUCGUAUCACCGCUCGUGAACUCUAAUUCUCAUUUCCAGUUGUAAUACUACAAUACUUUUUUUCACUGUGUAGAUUAAUAGUUGAACCAGAAAUACCGUACAACUCUAGUGCCGCUCACGUUUCCCUGCAGUUGUGCCUAGCUUGCGGUUAUUACAUCAUCAAUAUUGUUUGUGUUGCUGCAGUAUUGAGUGCCCAUCGGUAGUGGACGGUACAGCGCGGGAUUAAUUUUAAUUACCGAAUACAGCGCAGACUGGAACAAAAUGAAGAGCGACUUGAACUCCCAGUUCGGCCGAGAUUCAUAUGAAGAGUACUCUCACGCUGAGGUGGACAACGCCAAGCGGGGACUGCCGCUUACCGUGGCCAACUACAAGUUACGGCUGGGGAUUCUGAACAAACUCGAAUAUGAACACGUGGCAAAAGAGUUUCGCGACUGCUUCGUGCUUUGUCCCAAGUUGGUGCCCAUGCCGGAACAGGUCAUGGGUUUCAAGUAUCAGAUUUCAAAGCAACAGUUGGGACAUUGUACAGGACGCGUCAAGGAAGGAGUUGGAGUACGUGUCAGCAUUGCGUGCCACAACGGGGAUACCAAGGAAUUAUCCGGAAUUGUGGACGGUGUGGAUGCAGCAAAUGUGAUAAUUUAUAUGGUAAAAGAGUUUGAGUACUACAAUGUGAUUAGGCUUGAUUUUUUUGCCCAAAGAAGCACAUUUCAAAUGGAGUACCAAGCGCUGGAGAUGUUGAAACAGAGCGUUAUCGAAAAGGUGUUCUUUGCUGAUUCGUAUACUGGGAAUGAAUCGUUAAAAUUUUCCAGGUUCGAGUGGUUCUGUCCGAGCGUCGCAUCCAAUCCGGAGCAAGCCCAGGCGAUUCGGAACAUUGUCAAUCAAACCUCGUUCCCGGCGCCUUACGUGCUGUUUGGUCCACCCGGCACGGGCAAAACGUCCACGCUGGCGGAAGCCAUCGGUCAAAUCUACAAACUUCGACCCUCGGUGAAUGUUCUCGCAGUGGCCACGUCGAAUUCUGCCGCCAGCGAGCUAACCAGCCGACUGCUGAAAAUCAUCCCUGAACAAGAUGUUUUUCGACUUUUUGCUAGAUCAUGCGCGCGCAAACUUCAAGACAUUGAGCUAGAUGUUCUGGGCGUGUCAAACCUACGCAGCAAGGAAAAUAUUGGUUUAAAUGCACAACAUUACAGAGUGGUUCUAUGUACGGCCGCAACUGCCGGACGAAUCAUGACUUCGGAUAUACCAAAAAAUCACUUCAGUUACAUCUUCAUCGAUGAAUGUGGUAGCGCCAAGGAAAUUUCCAGCCUGGUUCCGAUAGUCGGCGUUGGCAUACACGAGGGUCGAAUCACAGCCAGCAUUGUUCUGGCUGGAGAUCCAAAGCAGCUUGGGCCGGUCGUUUCGUACGACUAUCUAACCGACACAACCCACAGCGUGUCCCUGCUGGAGCGCAUCGCGGACAAAGGAUUGUACGCGAAGAACCCGCUGACGGGAGAGUAUGAUCCAAACGUCAUCACCUUGCUUAGGAACAACUUCCGGUCACAUCCGGCAUUGCUUGAGCUGCCGAAUCGAAUGUUCUACGCCGGACAGCUGCGAGCAAAAGCAUCUCCCGAUAAGACUCACUGGGCCGUGGGUUGGGAUCGUCUGCCGAAUCGCGCCUUUCCGUUGAUCUUUCAUCCCGUGGUCGGUGAGAUGAAGCAGGAUGAAAACUCCUCCAGCAUGUACAACGAACAGGAAGCUGAACAAGUACUUUCGUACGUGGAAACAAUCAUGAACGAUGGAAUUUGUGGCAAGAAACUCGAGCAAACUGCAAUCGGGAUCAUCACUCCGUACGCUAGCCAGGUUCGAUAUCUGAAGGAUCUUUUGAGAAUGCGUGGCUGGAAAGACAUUGAAGUCGGGUCAACGGAGCAAUAUCAGGGACGCGAGAAGCGCAUCAUGCUGAUGUCAACCGUACGGACAGGCAGCAAGAGUGUAGGAUUUUUGGCAAACACCAAACGGCUGAACGUAUCCCUGACGAGGGCGCAAGCCCUGAUGAUUGUGGUGGGCGAUCUGGAGACGCUACGAAAUAAUAGACAUUGGGCAAAAUUUAUCGGAUACUGUAGACAGAACAACGCACUAUUGCAAUCUGUAAUGUAUUUUGCUGAAAAUACGCUCGCGGACUUUUCUAUAAAGAACCGAAUAAAUAACCAGGUAGAAACGGCGAAGACAAGAACAAGCGAUUGCAAAUAUUCGCAACCAAAUAAUUACACAAUUAAAAAUACAACAGAACCAUGUUCCGCUCAAACGAUAAACCAAACUGCAGUUAACAGCAUUGAAUCGUUCAAAGAACAAGCAAUAAGCUUUCUUUUGAUGUUGGCUGCGGUGAUAUUUCUUUUAUAUUUGUUUUUAAUUUUUUUACGAGAUAUAUGCAAUUUAUAGGGAGUUUUGUAAUUAGUAAUUUGUUGAUUUAUUGGGUACGAUAACUUGUUAGUUAACUUUUUUGAUCAGGUCAAGGAAGACACUUUAGGUAAUAAUAGUUAACCUUUUUAUAAGAUGUAAAAGUAUUUAAAAGGGUAUUUUUUACCCGAGCUAUGAACUUAAUAGAGAUUUAUACUCCUUUUUAUUUAUAAGAUUUGUAGAUUGUAUGGAAGAAAGGUUAAAUUUGAAAAAAAAACCUAAAAUUCAUAGACAUUCAACCUACUUUUUUAAGAUUUUAUGUUUUGAGUAUAAGAAAAUUUAAGGAUAUUCAGAUUUGAAGAAUUGAAUAUACCAAUAAGCGAUGGAAUAAUCUUCAUCAAAAGAAAAUCUUUUUGACGCUCAUCAAGAGAAAAAAUCGGAAGUGAACAUGGCUCUCCUCUCUCGCAAACGAUAGUUCGGUAGAAAGAAACUCAAAAAAUCAUCAUCAGGAUUAUUCGGCGGAACACCGAUUUCACUACCUACUUCACUUGCAGGUGUAACGUCACUCGUCUAAAAAUGACCUGUCCCUUCUCUUCGAUACAAAAUGUUUAUAAACAAACCAGAAAAAAUAAUUCAAACUGACAACGUUAAGAAAAAGUAAAAUAAAUGAAUAUAAGGGCAUCUCCACCGCAGAUAUCUAAUUGCGUGGCAAACCUAUCGGUUUAGCUUUGCUCCGUACCUAAUGCACGUUUCCGCACCGCUGGGAGCUAAUUUGGCUUCUGAAUCAAGCCCACCGCGGGGAUCUACUUUAUUCAUUUUCAAAUUCUGUUGAUCAAAAUCAAUUGAACUAUAUUCUAGCAUGAUAGAACAUGCUUCUAAUUGCAUUAUAUGUCCAAAUUGUUUGCUUUUUUCCCCCGAGCUGCGGGUGGCAAAUUUUUGCAGCGAUUUUUCGAAUUAUUUGUAUUUGUUUUUGUUGUUAUUUUUGUCUUCAAAAAUGGCAUAGUCGCAAAAAAGCGCAUUUGAACAAAAAAAUCCAAAUAAAAUAAAAUUUAAGUUUCAGUAAAUAAAUGACUUAAAUUUAAAUUUAAAAAUUGUGGGAAAAAAAUAUUUCUUUGUAUUUUUUUU